AUGCUUUUCUCAGCUUUUCAGGUGGUGAAAGAGUUGGGCAAUCCAGUGGAAAUUUGCUUAGAUUAUUUUGAAGAAAAGAAGAAUCAAGGCAUAGUAAGAGCUGAGCAAGUUGAGAAAGGGAUAAGAGAACUCAGGGAUGGUGAAAGUGAAGUGAGGAAAAGGGUUAAAGCGUUAUCAGUGAGAAACGUAGGUAAAUUUACUGUGUGUAAGCUUAAAACUGCCACCGGACAUCUCUCAGUUGAAAAUGUGAUUGGUAUGGGAGGCUACGGAGUGGUUUACAAAGGAACCCUCGAAUCUGGCCAAUUACAAGCUAAGCUUGGAGACUUCGGACUCGCCAGAUACGAGCCUCCUAAAGUCCUGGAUAAAUCCCACGUUACCACAAGAGUCUUGGGAUCCCAAGGGUACUGUGCACCAGAAUAUCUGGAUUCAGGGAAGCUUACGUUCAAGUGUGAUAUAUAUAGUUUUGGUGUUGUCCUGUUGGAGCUAAUUGCUGGUCGAGUUGCAUUGGAUACGGAUAGGCCGACUCCUCAGGAUAGCCUCGUUCAUUGGCUACAUAUUGAUGAGCAGAUUCACAAGCCCUUAAUCCCUGGAUUAGCCCUAUCUAGAAUAGGUUGCAAAGUAAUGUAG